AUGUCUCCCUCGGUUGUUUCUGGCGACAAGACCUACAGCAUCGCGGCUAUUCCUGCUGAUGGAAUUGGACCCGAGGUUAUCGAGGCCGGUAUCACGGCUUUGAAUGCCCUGACCGAUACUCUGAAGACUUUCAAGCUCGAGUUCAAGAAUUAUGACUGGAGCUCUGAGACCUAUAAGAAGACUGGCAAAUAUAUUCCUGAUGGCGGUCUUGAGGAGUUGAAGAAGCAUGAUGCGAUCUUUUUCGGUGCAGUCGGCGCUCCUGAUGUCCCUGAUCACAUCUCUCUCUGGGGUCUCCGUCUUGCCAUUUGCCAGCCGCUGCAGCAGUACGCCAACGUGCGCCCAACCAGAGUGUUCCGCGGCACCGAGUCGCCAUUGCGCAAGUGCAAGACUGGUGAUCUCGACUGGGUUAUCAUUCGGGAGAACAGCGAGGGCGAAUACGCCGGCCAGGGUGGCCGAUCUCACACCGGCAAGCCCUGGGAGGUUGCGACCGAGGUUUCUAUUUUCUCUCGCCACGGAAUCGAGAGAAUUAUGCGCUUUGCCUUUGAGACUGCCCAGAGGCGCCCGCGUAAACUCCUGACUGUAGUCACCAAAAGCAAUGCCCAGCGCAAUGGGAUGGUUCUUUGGGACGAAGUUGCCAAGUCCGUCGCUGAGGACUUCCCUGAAGUCACCGUUGACAAGAUGUUAGUCGAUGCGAUGACUACCCGCAUGGUCCUGAAGCCCGAGAGUCUGGACACUAUUGUUGCCACCAACCUGCACGCUGACAUCCUGUCCGAUCUGGCUGCUGCUCUGGCUGGAUCCAUUGGCAUCGCGCCUACCUCCAACCUUGACCCUACACGUCAGUAUCCCAGCAUGUUUGAGCCGAUUCAUGGCUCUGCAUUCGACAUUACUGGCAUGGGAAUCUCCAACCCUGUGGCCACCUUCUGGACUGCCGCGGAAAUGCUCUCAUGGCUGGGCGAGGAGGAUGCCUCCAAGAAGCUCCUGGACUGUGUCGAGAAUGUCUGCGAGCAGGGCAUCCUCACCCGUGAUCUUGGUGGACAAGCAACAACGAAGGAGGUCACUGACGCUGUGGUGGCUGAAAUCAAGAAGCUGUCGUCUAAAUAG